AUAGCAAGAUAGAAAUCCUCCAGUAAACUACUGAAUAGUAUCAACGUUCACAAAAUUUUAUCACACAUUUCACGACUUAAAUCAAUAUGGACACUUCCCGGAGCCUCGAACACGUGCUCUCCAUGCAAGGCGGUGAGGAUGACAUCAGCUACGCCAAAAACAGCUACGGUCCGGCCGCAGCGUUAGCCUCGAGCAAACCAAUGCUGACGUCAGCCAUCAAUUCCAUAAAGCUCACCAAAGGAUGCUCACCCAUAAAGAUAGCCGAUUUAGGAUGUGCGGUAGGAGACAACACGUUUGACACGGUGGACACGGUGAUUGAGGUGUUACGGCAGAAGCUAACCGUGGUUGACGGAGAAUCUGAUCAGCCGGAGCCGGAGUUAGAGGUAUUCUUCUGUGACUUGCCUUCGAACGACUUCAACACGUUGUUUCGAUCGUUGCAAGAGAAAGUUAACGGCUCGAGCAAGAAGUACUUCGCAGCUGGGGUUCCUGGCUCGUUCUAUGGGAGGCUGUUUCCAAAAGGACAUCUUCAUGUCGUCGUGACCAUGAGCGCCUUACAAUGGCUCUCUCAGAUACCGGAAAAGGUGAUGGAGAAAGGAUCGAAGACAUGGAACAAAGGACGGGCGUGGAUUCAAGGAGCAGAGGGAGAAGUUGUGGAGGCAUACGCGGAGCAGUCAGACAAGGACUUAGUUCAGUUCUUGAAAUGUCGGAAAGAAGAAAUUGUGGAAGGAGGAGUGUUAUUUAUGUUGAUGGGUGGUCGAUCUUCUGGCAGUGAUCUUGACUCCGGUCUCAAGCAUCUUUUCACAACUUUAAUGGAUCAAGCUUGGCAAGAUCUAGUAGAUGAGGGUUUAAUAGAAGAGGAUAAAAGAGAUGGAUUCAACAUUCCGGUGUACCCGAGAAGCACAGAGGAAAUAGCGAAUGCGAUUGAUCGUUGUGGUGGUUUCAAGAUAGAGGAGAUGAAGGUAUUGAAAAUAGCUGACCCCAUGAAUGCUAAACAGCAGAUGAAAGAUCCCGAGUCUUACGGCCUAGCCAUGGCUAACUUGGUUCAAGCCGGUCUAAAGCCAAUGGUUGAGGCUUAUCUUGGUCCUGACCUGACCCGUAAGCUCUUCAAACAGUACGCAGUUCGAGCUGCUGCCAACAAAGAACUUCUCAAGGAGAAUUCAUCCUAUUAUAUGAUCGCCGUCUCAGCGAUUAGGGUUUGAUGUUAUCUAUGCACUUACGUAUAUGCUUAGUAUACCAUGUCAAAAGUUACUACCGCUAUGACAUCGACGCAUGCUGGAAACGUGAUUGUUAGAAUAAGAACAUUUUAUUUCACAGAUAUAUUGUAGUACUUUCCCUUAAAGUUUAAAAUCUUACAAUCUUUCCCUUAUAUUAUGUGGUUUUAG